AUGCGUAGCAAGUUCAAGGAUGAGCACCCUUUCGAGAAGCGCAAGGCCGAAGCCGAGCGCAUCCGCCAGAAGUACGCCGAUCGCAUUCCCGUCAUCUGCGAGAAGGUCGAAAAGAGUGACAUCGCAACCAUCGAUAAGAAGAAGUAUCUCGUACCCUCAGAUCUCACCGUUGGCCAGUUUGUCUAUGUUAUCCGCAAGCGCAUCAAGCUGUCUCCUGAGAAGGCUAUCUUCAUCUUUGUCGACGAAGUACUCCCUCCCACGGCAGCUCUCAUGAGCAGCAUCUACGAGGAACACAAGGACGAGGACGGCUUCCUCUAUAUCACCUACUCUGGCGAGAACACCUUUGGCAGCAUUUGA